GAGAUAUUUGAUUGGUUAAUGAUAUUGCGGGACUUUCAAAAUAAACAAAAUACGCAGAACUUGAACAAUGUCACUUGCAGAAGAGCUGAAUUCUUUGAAGAUAAAUUUGGCUCAGACUAGGGAGAAGUUUAUCACAGACUGGACAAUAGAUCAGUAUGAGCAGUUAAGGAGCAGACAGGCAAAACUUCACAGAGCAAACUGCACCAAAUAUAAAGAUACUUUACUACAGCAUCAAGAAAGUAUAGAAACCCUGAGAAAAAACACUUGUUUUAAUGAAAAAGCACUACAAGAGAAAACUACUAAGCUAGCCUUCCUUAAACAAGAAUUGGAACAGUUAUGCAAAGAAAAGGCUAAAGUUGAAAAUUAUAAAGAAACAGUUUCUAUGGAAAUACAACAAGCACAACAAACCAUUCAUUACAACCAAGAAGCUCUGAAAACCACAUCAACAGACUUGGACCAAGAACAAGCAGAUUUACAGUCACAGGCAGAUAUUUAUACAGAAAGUCUGGAUAUGCAGAUGAAAAAGACACCAGGUGGGAGAAUACAGUUUAUAUUCAGCUCACUUGACAGAAAAAAUCCAGACUUGACUUGUUACUUCUUCACAAAACUGUCACAGGAAGACAGAAAAUAUAUAGUUUCAGAUUGUGAACCAUCAGUGCCAGAUUUAGAUCAACUUGUUGACAAAUUAAACCAGACAAAUAACUUAAGAUCAUUUGUUGUUGCAAUGAGAAAAAGAUUUAAGCAAAGACUUGCGUCGAGAUAAUAAAUAUUUACCUAAAUUUACUAUUCUCUACAUGUUUUAUGGCCUGUCUACAAUAGCAGAGAUAAUAACAGGCAAACUUUGUGCUGAACUCAGAUGAGGUUCAAGUAUUAUGUCAGUCCUGAUUAAAUUCUUAACUUCAUGUUUUAUGCAUUUUUAGCUAUGAAAGUAAAAUUUGGUUGAAUUGUAACUAUGAUUAACUCAAGUACAUUUUGAAGUCCUUGUUAAAAAUGUACAUUAAUUAACCCUGACGUGUUGAUGUGAAGAAGAUUUGGAAGGAAAGAAACCAAUAGAAGUGCAAAGUAAUUCAAGUGAUGGAAAAAGAUUCAGACUGGUCCUAAAUAGAAGGGGAUGAAGGUGAAAGUUGAAUACAAACUUUUCCUUACAACUUUUUCCCAUACGUAAUUCCACAACUUGUAUCGAUUGAUGUUGUGUAAAAACUGGAUGUGUAAUCUGCUGUCUUUUGUUUUUAUGAAAUAGAUUUGUUUUUUU